AUGGAGGCCUCUCUCCUUGGACUCCCAGGAGAAAUAAAAAAUCGCAUUUACGAGCUUGUCCUCACGGAGGGCGACGACAACACACGAGAAGCCGUCGAACUUGAGCAAAGCUGGUUCGACAGUGCAUUCGGUCUUAUACACGUCAACCGUGAAUGCAUAUAUCCACCCGAGCCUCUCGCAAUCACUGGCCUGCCACUCGUGUCCAAGACGAUACGACGGGAAUCGCUACGACUGUACUACUCCUUGAACAAGUUUUACUUCCAGACUGAAUACUUAAAGAGCAAGCAUAAAGAUCGAAUAGUCAGGCGUCUGGAGGAAUGGGCAGAUCACGUUGGCCGUGAGCAGGCCAGGGACAUUCGCGAUGUUACCAUCAGUCUUGCCUCCUUGAAAGGUCAGAGCGGACCCGCAAGCAUCGACUGGGACCAUAUGCGGCAGAUGCGAUCGCUCUUCCAUCCCCAUGGAUGCGUGAGGAUUCGGUUCUGCUUGGACGGCAAUGGUACAGCUCUGUUCGUCCUUGGGUCACGAGCAUCAAUGCUGCAAGAGCUCAAUCGACUGGCUGAGCUCUGGUGCUGGACUUGGCAACGAAUGCGCCGCUAUGAUGAGCAGGAGGCUCGCCGAGUCGCGCAGUGGUACAGGCAGGAUGUAGCAAAGUUGUUCAUGGGCAUGCCAGAAACAAUCUAG